AUGCCAAAUCCCAUUAAAUUCCACUCACAAAGCGAAAGUUCUUCCACCUCAGAACAACACCAUCACCACCACUUACCUCCUCAGCAGCAACAGCAACAACAACAAACUUUAGGCUCUUCAACACCAAUUCCCCCGCCAAAACCAGCACAUCUCUCUGCUAGUAGCACAACCAACAGUAAUACAACAACGACGACGCAGCAGCUGUUGCAGGCCAAUUUUACAGUGAAUAGAACAACAACAACAGCAAAUAAUAAUGGCGCCAAACAAAGUACUUCGCCAACUUCUUCUUCUUUGCAACAUGUUGUAGGAAGUAAUAAUACAAUUACAAAUACAAAUAAUAAUUCGAGUAGUAGUGGAACGAAUGGAUCGCCUUCUCCAUUGUCUUCUUUCCAAGAUAAUGGUGAAAAUACUCCAAUAAUUCAUACACCAACACCACAACCACAACAACAUACCACAACAUCACAUUCCUUUGGAUUUAGUAUUAUUGGAAAUAGGAGAGGAUCUACAUCCCAAUCUUCGGGUUCUAGAAAUUCUGUAAAAUCUCCUAUUACCAAUCAAUUUAUUCAACAUGCUGAUAAUACUUUCCCAAUAACAGAGGGAAAUAAUUCUCUAUUAUCUUCUUGGACUUGUAAACAUAAAGGACCAGUAUUGGUGGUGAGAGUUUCGAGAAUUGAACAUUUAAAUGUUUAUCCUUCAUCAGCAGAGAAGGCAAAUAAUUCAUCAUCCACAACAUCUUCCAAUGCUUCGACACCAGCCACUCCUCAGAAUAAGCAAACUCCAACAACAUCCAAUAAUAAUAAUAAUACUUCAUCAACAACAUCAGCUGUAACAACCAGUUCAACAACAUCGAGUAGUAGUACCAGUGGUUUUGUUUCAACCAAUGAAAAGUUUAGUAAUUACAAUCCUCAUGUUGUUGUUGGUUAUGGAAGAUUAAAGACAUUGAAGAAUGAUUCGGAAGAUGCCAUUCCAAUCUUUGAACAAAGGACAAAAACCUUGCAGAGUGAAGUCUUUCCAAUCUAUAAUACUGUCUUUGAGUUUCCAUUGCUCACUAUGGACUUUUCAGCUAGGGGAAAGAAAUUAUCAGAGCUAGUAAAGAACUUCCCUGAUCAACUGUUUUCCUCCGAGGCACACCAACAUGCUGACAGUGAUGCACACAUUGAGGAUACUACAGUAUUAUCUUUCAAGGUUUUAUCUCACAAUCGUUACAAGAAGAAACAGGAAUCUGUAAUUGCUGUCGCAGAAUUAAAUUUGGGAGAUUUACCUCACGUUACCAAUGAUGAAAAGAUUUUCCUAAGAAUGAGAAAACCUGGUGAACCUUUGAGAAAAUCAGACAUGAUUAAUGGAGGAGAGGUAUUACCAGAAAAUCAACCAAUUUUACAUUUGGAUGUCAAAGUUGUAUGGAAUAAUGAAAUAUACAAAUCAAUCGGAGACGAUGAAUCUUCAACUUCAUAUGAUAAGUGGAAUGACAUUCUUACUCAAUUCUACAUUCAGGAUAUGGGAGAUGAUGAAUUUGAUAAUGAUCCCAUGCUAGCUAGGAGACAAGAAGACAUGUUCAAAUCAAUGGACCGACUCAUGAAUCAAUGUGAGUUGUUAAAACUUGUAACCUUCCCUCUUCCACACACAUGGCACAUGAUUGGUAAGCAAGACAAACUCAUUCUUGUCUCACCAACACAACUUACCAAUGAGGAAAUCUUUACCGAUAACAUUAAUGUUUAUUAUGUAUACGAGAGCAAUACUAAAAAAGUAUUGGAAGAAAUGCUUAAAAAUAGUGAAAAAAGAUCCUACUUUGGUUUGGCAAUGCCACUUCACAAUUUUAAAAUGCUGUCAAAUUGGCAAGGAUACAGAUUUGCAUGUUAUUACUCACUUUAUAACAAGAUUUAUCAUCAAAAUGUUAUUGGAAUUCAGACCAAGAUUGGUGUCAGCUAUAUUCUUCAAUAUGUUUCCAAUUGUGGCUCAUUUAAUCAACCUGUGUUUGAUAAAAUGUUGGAAAGACUUACCAUCCUUCCGUCAGUCUACUCCAAAGAUCUGGAAAGAGGAAAGAUUUGGUGUGGUGCUGUUCCUUGUGCAUGGAGAGGAGUUUCCAAAGAUUCAAUCAUUCACUUGUACUCUCCUUAUCAAUGUAAUGGAAAAUUGAAUUGUACCGAUCAAAUCAUGCUUCAACCAUUUGUCAACAACAUGUCCACUAUGGAGAGAAUAAGAUUUAUUUUGAAAAAGUAUAUGGAUGAUGCUGACUUUGAAGGAUUGGAAAUUCUACAUGGUCCACUAGCUACCGAUUUGAAUGAUCACACAGAUAGUGUCAUGUAUGAGGAGUAUAAUCAUUAUUCGGAUUUGGAACAAUUGGAAUCUUCAGAGAAUGUUGAUCAUACAUUUGAGCCACCAUUCUGGAUCAAUAGAAGAAAAGCACUCCCUGAUAAUCUUAACAUUUCCAAAGAUAACCUUGAGGAGGCUUCUACCAUUACUUUUGCUGUGAAAAUGAAGGCCAAACCACCAACAAACACCUACGAUGUACCUCCACCAUCUUCCUUCUGCAAUUCUUACUACAUCUACCAAAAGACUGUAGUAAUGAAAAUGAAAAAUGUUGACUAUCAACUUAACAUUAGUUACAAAACAACACUCAACAGCCAUCUAGUUUCAGAAGGAGCUUUUAACAGACUAGUUCAAUCCAUCAGAUUGACCUAAAUAAAUUUAGAAUCUUGCUAGGAA